UCUCUUCCUGGUCGAUGUGGACAGAAAGAAGAAAUUCAGGGUGAGGUCUGUUGUUGUAGUUGCGAUAAUAAUGGGGAGAGUUAGUGAAGAUAUGUCGGGAAAGUCCCAUGAUUUAUGUAGGAUUGCGUUUUUUGGCUUAUGAAGCCCACUUUCAUUAUGCUUGAACAGAUGUGCAGCGGUGCAUUCUCCAUGAACACUGUGUUAGCCGCUAACGCUACAGACUAGUGCACCUGUGACCGGCUUCUUUGUGUCGUUUAAAUCUGCGGUUAUUUUCAACAUUGACUGUUAGUUAACUCAGUUUAUUAAGGUAAACUUUUUGUAAUCAUCCAGGGCGGCAAGCCCCAGUCACUGGUAUCCGACGUGCUGUGCAAGAUUGACGAAGAAGUCCGUCUCCAGAAAUGCAUGGUCUUCACUCAGUUUGCACCUGGCUGGAUGUUUAUAGAUCCACAUAGUCCCAAAAUAGUUCCGAAAGUCAGAGAUGGCGUCAUCCAAAGCAAAGGUCGGAGUCAACAGUGAGACAAACUCCCUUAAAGAAAGCAAAAGCAACGCGAGCAGCUCAGCUGAAGACGCCUCACCAAAUAACCGCAUAUAUUGCCUUGAUGACCUGGAGACUGUCGCCACAGUCGGCACGGGGACUUUUGGACGAGUCUUCCUGGUCAAGGACAAAAAGAGCAGGGCCUUCUUUGCCCUGAAGCAGAUGAAGAUCCCUGACGUGAUCCGACUGAAGCAGGAGCAGCACGUCCACAACGAGAAGGAGGUGCUGAGCGAGGUCAACCACUCCUUUCUCAUCAGACUGUUCUGGACUCACCACGAUGAACGUUUUCUCUAUAUGCUCAUGGACUACGUGCCAGGCGGCGAGCUCUUCAGCUACUUACGGAGCCGUGGGCGCUUCAGCAACGCCACGGGCCUUUUCUAUACCUCUGAGAUCGUUUGUGCCAUUGAGUACCUCCACUCCAAAGAAAUUGUGUAUCGAGACCUGAAGCCUGAGAACAUCUUGCUGGACAGCGAAGGACACAUCCGUCUGACCGACUUUGGCUUUGCCAAGAAGCUCACGGACAGGACCUGGACUCUGUGUGGGACUCCUGAGUAUCUGGCUCCUGAAGUCAUCCAAAGCAAAGGUCACGGCCGGGCAGUGGACUGGUGGGCUCUGGGCAUCCUCAUCUUUGAAAUGCUGGCUGGGUAUCCACCUUUCUUUGAUGACAAUCCAUUUGGAAUCUAUCAGAAGAUUCUGGCUGCAAAACUGGAAUUCCCACGUCAUCUGGAUUUCUAUGUCAAAGACCUCAUAAAGAAGUUUCUUGUGAUUGACCGAGCCAGACGGCUGGGCAACAUGAAGAAUGGAGCAGACGACGUGAAGAAGCACCGAUGGUUUAAAACUAUUGACUGGGAGGCCGUUCCUCUGAGGAAACUAAAGCCUCCUAUAGUUCCUAAGGUUUCCCAUGAGGGCGACACCUCCAACUUUGAUGUUUACCCAGAGGAUGACUGGAAAAAAGACCCCCCUGUGGCCCAGAAAGACUUGGAGGUCUUCAAAAACUUCUGAUCCCUCAGCCGUGUUUAUUUAUUAAUCGAUUGAUUUAUGUGGAUAACUAACAACACACAUUGUAAAACUACUAUUACAGGUACUCUGUUGGAGAAAACACUUAUUUAUCAAAUUGGGGGAUUUGCAUCUUAUCUGUAAUAAUGAACUUCCAAAGGACAGAUGCUGUGACGUGUAUGAAACUAAAGACAUGGUUAGCUUUUUAUACUUUUAUUUAUCUGCUACUUUGAGUUUAUUUUAUUUUUUGUUUUUAUUCUCUGAGCCCAUUCAUAUGCAAAAAUAUCUGGUUCAUUUGAAACCAAAAGACUGUUACUUUCUGGGUAUAAAACAGAAAAAAAAAAUCAGGUCUUUUUAUAUAGUUGUGUUUUAUAGUUUCUCUCUUUUUAAAAUGUUCAUGUAGUCAUGUUUAAUGUGACUUCAGACUGGUACUGUAACAGUCUUCUGAUCAGUAGUCAUUAAUGACUUAUUCUCUAUGUAGUCAGACACUUGGACAGAAAAAGCGUGACCAGUAGCACUUGUAAAGAAAGUGCCUUACAUCACUGUUUGAUGUCUCGCAGCUACACAUUUGAAAUCUGUGCUGUGUCAAUGGAAUUCAAAGUAUAGUGGACUUGGAACAUGUGAGGUGCUGUUGGAGACAACAUACCACUGAACUGUUGUCACAUCUAAUAAUGUAAAGCUGUCUAACAUAUCUGCGUUAGGUCUCUUCACAGCCCAAGGUUUUUGCCAUUACUGUAGAGCCACAGCUGCUCUGCAGGCGCUUUGCUGCACCUUGUGCCCAUUCACCUCACUCAUUUUCAUUCUUGUUGUCGUAUUUUAUUUAAAGCCAAGGAUGUUAUGUAAGAGCCUCAUUUAGUGCAUCACAGUACAGAGUGAAUGUGCAGUUGGUAGGGAUAGGAAUCUAAAUUCUCUAUAAGAGCCAGUUCCCAGUUACAGUUAGUCUGCCUGCCUAUCAACCCUGCUUAUCCCCUUGCAUUUGCACUACAGUCAGCCGAUUUCAGUUCAUGUGCCGAUGAGGUGGCACAGUUAUUUUUAUUGCACAAAACCGUGAGAGUGCAGUGGUACAAAGGAAAGUGUGUCCAGGACAGAAACAGCUGUUAAUGAUGUCGCUAAACAUCAGCUCUUUGGAGGCACUUACACAGACAGCACAGCGUGCUAACGCUAAGCUAGCCAAGAACCCAGAGUUAAAUUAAAGCAUCGUGAAUCUGACGCCAGCCCAGCAGUCAGACCCUGAACGUUAACCGGUAUCGAAGCCAGGGAUGAAGCCUUCAUCUCUACCUGUUCAUGUUUCUAAAGUAGAGGCACUGUGGCGAUCGCUUUAGUCUCUGCUGGUUUUCAUCUUUGCUUCAUGUUCAUACCUAAAUACUAAGACAAGGAUCACAUGUGUGUCCUCGUUAGGACAGGGAUUUGUGUUGGUGUGUGCUGGGACUGUAGCCUCAGGUUUAUGUUAUUAAAUGCUUAUAAGAUGAUACGUUUCAGGUCACAAAGGACUUUCUCCUGGGAACAAUAAACUAAAGUACUUCAUUGCUUUUAAGAACAGUGUUCUGACUAAUAUAUUUUUGAGUAAUGACCCCAGCACUGAUCGCACAGCAUGCAAUUACUCUGAACAAAUAUAAUGUUGUUGAUGUGCUGCUUAGUGAAGGUGAUGACUCUAAAAGCGGAGCCAGUGAAAAUCAAUAAGUGAUAUUGAUCCCAGUUCCCAUUCUUAGCAUUCGUACAGUCAGUAUUCAUUAGCAUUUCUGUGAACUGUUGCUUGCUGAAUAUCACAACAAAAUAAACCUUGUUUAUCAUGGUUUUGUGCCUCAUACUUCAUUAUAAGUUGGAUCCAUCUCAUUCUAACUAAAAUCGGCACAGUUUUCUUCCAUGCCUCCAGUGCACAUGGCAGGCUCCAUAAAAGGAUGGUUGGAUGGGGUUGGUGGGAGAAGCUGAACCCUACUGAACACCUCUAGGAUGAACUAGAAGGGAUGUUGAACUCUUGUCAAACAUUACUGGCUGACUUCAGAAGUGCUGACUCCACUUUGAAUGUUGACCUUAUAGGCUGUUGUGAACAAUUUCUAAAAACUUUGAAAGUAGCAGGAGAAACCUGAUGGAAGCCAUGAUGUUUGUUCAGAUGGAUAAGAUGAUAGAAGGGUUGUAUUUUAUUACCAACCGUCCACUGGACUGCCUUGGUGGAUGACAUAAGAGUAUUUUCCUUUUUUCAUUUUUCAUGUCUGUAUCCUGUUUUGUAAACAUUGUGGAAUUAUUUUUCCUAAUUCGCAGUGCAGAUGUUGCUCUGAACACAACCUUACUGGACCUUUGAAACAUCCUAGCCUAUCAAUGCCUGUAACUGGAAUUUGUUUUUGAUACUUGGCUCCAGCAUCAAUUCAUCUAAAACACUCUGGGUGAACUGUGUCUCGCUGCAGAAACAAUCACCCAAUGUCCUUAUUACACAGGCUUUCCUCAUCCAUUUAUUUGUAUCUAGCUGCAGCCACACUCUCUCCAUAAACAAAAGUUUUCUAAAAAUGUAUUUCUGAUUACUGUUUUUGUUUUUACAACUUAAAUUGUUCCAGAGCUUGUGGCACACCCUGAAGACAUUUUAAAAGCACAUUUUAAAGGUGAAAAGUAGCUCCUGUUGAAAUGAGUUAGCGAGAGUCAUUUGUAAGAUAAGGCCAAGAUACCACCUCAUGUCCACGUAGGGCUGCAAAAGUCCAAACAGUUAGAAGGAUACCAGAAUAGUGGAGCUGUUGGUGUGCCAUCUAUAUCAUGAUGGUAAGCUUUUCUUGUUGCACUUUUGUGUUAUACGGACAAACAAAGCUGCUUUUCUGUUGUCGUAACAGCGACGUUAUGUGGUUCAGUACCUUACAGAAGUAGACGAAAGUCCACUGUUCAAGAUCGCAGAUGACUUAUUCAUUGUUUAUCAGUCCAAUGUCAGUUGCAGUGGACUCCAGACUUUGCAACUCUAAAUGAGAUAAACUGAUAAGAAAAUGAUUGGAUCCAAGUGUCUCGAGUACCUGAGACCUGCUGUCAGGCAGAGAGCGCCUGUCCCCUGCAUCACCUGUUCACUGCAGUUAUAAAAUGGCAUGUUUGCUUACAUUUUCUUUAUUUAAAAUAAAUGAAAAAUUCUAAUUCCUGUGAAUAAGUCCUCAAGAGAAGUGGAAACAUCAGAGAUUUAACUUCAGUAAACUGAAAUCUAACUUUAGAUCCUUCAGACUCAGUCAGGUCACUACAUCUGUAAGACUCCACAUAGAUCUACUGAAGGUUUUCCAGAACAUUAUCACACAUGGAUGAAUUCUGAGGUAGACCUUUUAAAGGAGACUCUUAGUGAUUCAGUGACAGACUUUAUUUAUGCAGUCUGUUAGCUAUGGAUGAAUGAAACCCAAACUCCUGUGCCACAUAAGAAAGAAGCAGCUCUGUUAGGCCAUUAAAGGGAAGGACCACUGCAAAUCAACUCAGAGCUCCUAUUCAGUGAAUGGUUUGAUUGGGAUUAAAAUGAUAUUCUUUGACUUUCCUAGUCAGCAGAUCUUAACAUGUCCACUUGCUAAACAACACUAAAAGUAGUGUCCACCCUCGAGGACAGUGCCAUGCGACUGCAUGCUGUAACCUGGCACCUUUAUCUGUAGUAUGGACAAGCCUGUGCUGUAAUCACCUGAGCUUAAAUGUGUUGUUGACAUUUCUAUGUUAUUGUCUUGAUACUUAUCAGAGUGUAUGAUUGAAUUAUGUUGUUUAUGGGCAUCAUUUUACAAAGAGCUGUGUUUCCUGUUAAGUAGGUUUUCUAAAUAGAAAUGUCCGCAUGCUUUAAAAUACCUGAAGUGUCACACUAAUCUGUAUUCACAGGUUUUUUUCUUUGCUGUACUCCUGCUGCAUUUCAAGCUUUGUUUUCUUACCCGAGGAGUGUAAAUGUUGUUCUGUCCAGUCCUGGGACAUUGUGUCUUACACAGCAAUAUAUUGUUUAAAAUGUCAACCUUUGUCUUGGAAAUAUGUUUUCUGGUGCAAAUAUGCAUUAUUUUCUACCCAAUACGUAGCAAUGCCUUUUCAUUUCCAUGAAUUCUAGUUAUACCUUUAACUCUGAAGCCUGAGUGAAGUCGAAACAAGUUAAACUGUCGAAACAAGUGGAGUUUAUAAAGAAGCAUGUUUUGUCCUGCUUGGUUUAUUUUACACUCACCUGUGCUGCGUCCUUCAGCCACCCAGCAGGCUCUGAAGGUCAGUCGCCUGCCUGUGUAGUCAAGCAAACCUUUUGCAUUCACAAAAUGGAAAUCUGACAUUUGGGAAGUGAAGCCUUCAUUGAUGUUUGACGUUUCUCGGGUCCAGGCUUUCAUGAAAAUAUACCGUCAGCCCACUCAGGAGACACCAGCAUCCAUCUAGAACAAAGCAGACAACAUAGAGUCAGUGUUUUCGUUUCUUAACCACCUCCACACGUACUCCAGUUUGAUUUAAAAUAUUAAAUGGAAUUGU